CCUGAGCAAUGGGAUGGUUUCUCUACAAUCGCAAAACCAUUGCAAUGGUAACCCGUAGGUUACAUUUUCCAGCUUCAAAGAAAUACCCUCCCACCCCCGUAAAGGCUACUCUGUAUCAUCUUUGCUUCAGACUCGAUAGUGGUUGACAAUAUGUAUAUAGGCCUAUUUAUAAACGUGAAAUAGUGCUGUGUUGGUGUUGGAAAUAUUGUUUUCUUUAUCGCACAUGCCUUUUUAGACUUAAUAUAACAUCCAUGUCAUUAUACUUAGCCACAAUUUGGAAAAUAGGCAAUUUAUAUAUCACCGUGUUCCUUCGUAUAGGCUAAAAUAAAUUGUUACAUUGUCCGAGUAGUUUGGCUGUUCCAUUUGCUCAUAUUUUUGAGUGGGCUUUUCAAUCGGUUACAGUUACAGUAGGCUACCCGCUGGACUGCUUCUGUUGCGGCCACUAGGGCCUUCCAUGGCGAUGUCCACUGGUUGUUGGCUGGUGGUGCGUCUGUAGCUGUGUGUAAGGAGGGCAGCCUACUGAGCCUAGGCGGUCUUUAGCCUCAGUCUGAUCUGAGCAUGUAGGCUGGAACCAUAAACACAUCCUGAAGCAAGCUUUACCCUAGUAAACCCCACAGCACCGAGACAUGCUACAUCCCCAUGAGCUCAGCCGCGGACGUAUGUUCUUGGAUAGAUCUUGGUUCUUAUAGCGCCAGUUAUAGGUUUGAGAAGCGGGAGGAGAUGACGGCGAGGAAAGCCGCUUUUCAACCGCUGUCCAGCUCUCGCAUCCCGGAGAGGAAGGGAGCGGCUGACCGGGGGAAGACUAACUCCGACUGGUCUUAUCCUUUCUCCCAACAGGAGCCGGAGAAAGGCCAAUCAACAGCAGGGAUCCAUGCCCAUGUGGUGGGGGCUGUCGGGGGCUCCGGGGCAGUGGAUGAGUCGUCAGACAGCGAGGGAGAACAAGAAGGCCCGCAGAAACUCAUUCGGAAAGUGUCGACCUCCGGACAGCUCAGAAGCAAGACCAGCGUGAAAGAGGGAUUGUUGCUGAAACAGACAAGCUCAUUCCAGAGGUGGAAAAAACGCUAUUUCAAACUGAGAGGACGAACACUCUACUAUGCCAAAGAUGCCAAGUCACUGAUAUUUGACGAGGUGGACCUAUCUGAUGCCAGCGUGGCUGAGUCCAGCACUAAGAAUGUUAACAACAGCUUCACGGUGAUCACUCCGUUCCGCAGGCUCAUCCUCUGCGCAGAAAACAGGAAAGAGAUGGAGGACUGGAUCAGCUCGCUGAAGUCCGUUCAGUCCCGAGAGCAUUACGAGACAGCACAGUUUAAUGUGGAACAUUUCUCAGGGAUGCACAACUGGUAUGCCUGCUCCCACGCACGGCCCACCUUCUGUAACGUCUGUAGGGACAGCCUCUCUGGCGUCACCUCCCACGGCCUGUCCUGCGAAGUGUGUAAAUUCAAAGCUCACAAGCGGUGUGCCGUCAGGGCCACCAACAACUGCAAAUGGACCACACUGGCCUCUAUAGGCAAAGACAUCAUCGAGGAUGAGGAUGGGAUCGCCAUGCCCCACCAGUGGCUGGAGGGAAACCUGCCUGUUAGUGCCAAGUGUGCUGUGUGUGACAAGACCUGUGGCAGCGUGCUCCGACUGCAGGACUGGCGCUGUCUCUGGUGCAAAGCCAUGGUACACACAGUGUGUAUGGACCUGUACCCCAGGAAAUGUCCGCUGGGCCAGUGUAAAGUCUCUGUCAUCCCUCCUACUGCCCUCAACAGUAUCGACUCUGACGGCUUCUGGAAGGCCACCUGUCCCCCGUCCUGCGCCAGUCCUCUGCUGGUCUUUGUCAAUUCCAAGAGCGGAGACAACCAAGGGGUUAAAUUCCUCCGACGUUUCAAGCAGCUCCUCAACCCUGCUCAGGUGUUUGACCUGGUCAACGGAGGACCACAUCUAGGGCUGCGUCUCUUCCAGAAGUUCGAUAACUUCCGGAUCCUGGUGUGCGGAGGGGAUGGGAGUGUAGGCUGGGUCCUCUCUGAGAUAGACAAACUCAACCUCCACAAACAGUGCCAGCUGGGAGUUCUCCCCCUGGGUACUGGGAAUGACCUGGCGCGGGUGCUGGGCUGGGGCCCGUCGUGUGAUGAUGACACGCAGCUGCCCCAGAUCCUGGAGAAACUGGAGCGGGCCAGCACCAAAAUGUUGGACCGCUGGAGCAUCAUGACCUACGAAAUUAAGAUCCUUUCCAAACACAGCGGGCCUGUCACGCCCGACGACACUGACCAUGACCAGUUCCAGAUCUCAGCCUAUGAAGACUCGGUAGCUGCCCAUCUCACCAAGAUCCUCAAUGCUGACCAAAACUCUGUGGUCAUCUCCUCUGCUAAGAUCCUGUGUGAGACAGUAAAGGACUUUGUUGCCAAAGUGGGGAAGUCCUAUGAGAGAAUUACUGAGAAUACAGAGGAGUGUGACACCAUGUCUCUCAAAUGUGCCAUCCUGAAUGAGAAGCUAGAUUUGCUCCUUCAGACCCUCAACACAGAAACCCAGUCAUUUCCCCCACCUCCUCGCCUUUCCACACCCCCCAUUGUUGAGGAGGAGGAAGAAGAGGAGGAGGUGAGCGAGGAGUCGUUGACCGAGCUGAAGGAGAAACUGGAAGCGGAGGAGAGUGAGAAGGGAGGAGAGAACGGAGGAGGUUCGCCACACAAGAUGUUCAGAGCUAAAGAACAGUUGAUGCUACGGGCAAACAGCCUGAAGAAGGCUGUGCGAGAGAUUAUGCAACAGGCAGAGAGAGUGGUGGAUGAGCAGAAUGCCAGCACGGAGGAGCAGGAGCUGCCGUCCACGUUUGAGUUCAGGAAGGAGGGAGAGGAGGACAACAGGGACAGUGAAAAGGACGAGGACACCAAAGAACUAGAGAUCCUGCCACUGGCUAAGAGUCCUUGUUCCCCUACUGAAAGGUGUGUGAGUCGCAGCAGCCAAUCAUGUGGCUCUUUCUCCAUCACACCCUUCACCACCAGCAAGGAGAACCUGCCUGUACUCAACACACGUAUCAUCUGCCCUGGUACAUCCUACGGUUUGCGUGCUGGUCUGGCAGCCUCUAUAGCUGGUAGCUCCAUCAUCAGUAAGAUGCUGCUGGCUAAUAUCGACCCAUUUGGAGCUACGCCCUUUCUGGACUCUGACCUGGACUCACUAGAGGGCUUUAGUGAGAAGUGUGUCAUGAACAACUACUUUGGCGUUGGGCUGGAUGCUAAGAUCACACUGGAGUUCAACAACAAGAGGGAGGAACACCCAGAGAAGUGCAGGAGUCGUACUAAGAACAGGGUAUGGUAUGGGGUUCUGGGCACCAAGGAACUCCUCCAGAGAACCUACAAGAAUCUAGAACAGAAGGUUCAACUGGAGUGUGACGGUCAGUACAUCCCCCUGCCCAGCCUUCAGGGCAUUGCGGUGCUGAACAUCCCCAGCUAUGCAGGUGGAACCAACUUCUGGGGAGGAACCAAGGAGGACGACAUAUUCUGUGCCCCGUCGUUUGAUGAUAAAAUCCUGGAGGUGGUAGCAGUGUUUGGCAGUAUGCAGAUGGCUGUGUCCAGAGUCAUCAAACUGCAACACCACCGCAUAGCACAGUGUCGCUCAGUGAAGAUCACUAUCCUGGGAGAUGAGGGUGUUCCUAUCCAAGUGGACGGAGAGGCCUGGGUCCAACCUCCUGGAGUCAUUAAGAUCCAACACAAGAACAGAGCCCAGAUGUUGACCAGGGACAGGGCGUUUGAGAACACUCUGAAGUCGUGGGAGGACAAGCUGAAGUAUGACAAGCUGCCCUUGCGGUCUCACCUUUACUCGCAGUCUGUGGACCUGGCCACUGAGGAGGAGGUCGCCCUCGUACAGCUGGUUGCCCGCGCUGCAGACGAUCUCAUCACCAGGAUCUGUGAGGCAGCCAAGACCAAUGGGCUUUUAGAGCAGGAGCUGGCUCACGCCGUCAACGCCUCAUCACACGCCAUCAACAAGACACACCCCAAGUUAGCCGAGAGUAUGGCCAGGAACACUGCUAUAGAAGUAGCCAGCAAUGUGAAGGCUUUACACAACGAGACUGAAUCCCUUCUGGUGGGACGAGUAUCACUGCAACUGGAACCCUCAGAUGAAGAGUCUUUAUCCAGUGCUCUGCAGAGUGUGGAGAUGGAGCUAGGCAAACUUGUAGAUAUUCCCUGGUUAUACCAUAUACUGCAGCCUAAUGAAGAUGAGGACCCCUCGUUAGAGUAUGGCAAGAGCAACAGUCGUAGCAGCAUGUUCAGAAUUGUGCCAAAGUUCAAGAAAGAGAAAGCUACCAAGAAGACCAACCCUCAGUCAGUGGAGCGAUGGGGUACAGAGGAGGUAGGAGUCUGGCUGGAGCAGCUCAGUCUGGGAGAGUACAGAGAUACCUUCACACGCCAUGACAUCAGAGGCUCUGAACUGCUGCACCUGGAGAGGAGGGACCUGAAGGAUCUGGGGAUAUCGAAAGUGGGUCAUAUGAAGAGAAUUCUCCAGGGAACUAAGGACCUGGCCAAGACCGCAAUGGUUGACCUCUAACCCAGAAGUAGUUGGUGCCAGAGUGGAAGUGCCCUUCCACCACAGAGAACGAGUUUGGGAGCUCCGCAGGUUAGAGCUGAACGCCUGUCAACUUGGGGUGGAUGGAUGGAUUUGAUCCUUUGAUGGAUUUAAGAAAGCUGUUGGUGAGAAAUUGUCGAACAUGAAUGUUUUAGUGAGGCUGUGUUUGGUGCCAAAAUAGAACAUGGCAAUCUACAGUUGUUGACAGUUUAAAGAAGGAAGCCAUAGUUUUUCACAAAAAAAAUGCAAAUUUUCUCUGAUCAUAUUUUCAUUCAUGGCCCAAUCGGGUAUGCAACUGAUCCUCAUUAUAAGAGUUGGUUUGGUCAUCUGGCCUCAUAGAGAAGGCCCAAUCCAAGUAGCAACAAGGUGACUUCCAUGAGUGUGCCCUAACAAUGUGCUGUGAGUGUGUACAGUUCAGCACAGUCACUACAUUACCGUGCAGCUUUGUGAUUGGCUUACUGGCUCUUUGCCUGGCGGUAGAAGGCUACAGACGCAACGCUACAGUCUGCAAUAUCCUGCUUUCGCUAUUUACACCAGAGGAGAUAGGCGACGUCCCAAAUAGCACCCUCUUCCCUAUGUAGGGCACUACUUUUAAGUGGUGCACUAUGUAGGGAAUAGGGUGUGAUUACAGACGUGCCCUGGGAGAAGGAGAUGCAAUGCCACAACCUAAAGCGAGUGAAGAGAGGUCUCUGAAAACAGUGAGACAUAUGUUGCAUGCUAUGCUAGCUUGAUUUGGGAUAUCAAUUUUGAAUUGCAAGAUUAGUGUCUUGGUUAUUUUGUGUAAAAAAUGACUUUAGUAUUAUUAUACCAUUUGUUACUACUGAAAGCAUUAUUCUGGUAUGAAUCAACCUUUUUUGUUAAUUAUUUUUAUUUAUGUUUUUGUUUUUGCAUGAUAAUUAUGUGUCAAGGACCUGUGUCAUGUGCCAUACUUUAUUCAUUUUAUUGUAAAAAUGUGCUUUAUUGGUAAGAGAACAUCAGAAUAUAAGACAAGUUACUAGAUGAACUAUUAGGAGUUAUACUUUGUUUUCUGUUGAAAUGAAAAUCAGUACCAAAGUGAAUGUCCACUAAACUUCCAGACAUAAAUGUUAACUUUGAAAGUAGUGAAAU